AUUUUUCGCCAGCACAGGCGGGAGAGGGACUUCUGUGCUCGAAAGUCUUGGAUUCAUGAGUGGGACAUAGACCGUUGGAGGCUAGCUCAUCGAGAAAUCAUCAGCCCUCGUCGGACAGAGGAGAUACAGAAGGACCAACAAGACAAAAUCAUCCGCUGUCUUCCUUGACAUGGCGGCCUCCUCGUCACAAUGGCAUAGUAUCAACCCUCAUACUCGGCCUCUCUCCCUCUCUAUACUCGAGCUCACUCCAUUGGCUUUGACACUUUCCCUCACACUCGCCGCUCCGCCUUCUCCUUCUCUUCAUCCGUCACAUUCUCAUCAACCGCAUGUCGCACAUACCCAUAAUCAUGCUCACGGACCGAAACACAAGAAAAAGUCCAGACAUAAACGACACGAUAGUGAUGAUGAAUUGACGGCCGUUGAAGUGGAUGAUGAAGGUCAUCAAGUCACUUCCUCGUCGACGGACUUGUCUAAUUUCAAGGACCUUCUCAGUCACGGUGUCGUCGUCUCUGUCAACGGUCAGCCUUGGAAUCGGAUCGUGGCCCAUGUCAACGAGCUGGAAGAUGAGGCAUUAGAAGGCGAGCACGAAGAUCAAGAAGAAGCGGAUUGGGAAGAUGGUGAGCCGGAUGUAGAGCAAGAAGGAUCAGGUAUGGUUCAGAGACGACCGCGGAGGGCUCGUUUCACGUUGAGCGCAAGAGGGGCAUUGCAUGGGGAGGAAGGGACGUUGCGGAGGCGGAGACAAUCUCAUGGGGAGAAAAAGGACAAGAUCAAGUUGGACAAGGAUCAAGCUGUCGUCGUGGUCUAUGGUCUGGUACCGGGAACAGAGUAUGAGAUUGAGCUGCAAGUACUUGGUCUCGCAGGAUCAGAAGGCGAACCUAUAGCUUCCAAUAGUGUACUGCUUCCUGCAUCUCCUGCUUCAGGUUCGGGCGCUCGAUCUCGAGCCAACUCGUUACUCGCACGAUCACUACCCGUAUCUCGCUCCAACUCUGUCAGUGGAUCUCGUCCAAUCUUGGCUCAACCCUCUGAGGCUUCUCCCGUAUCACCCGAACGACCCACACCUCCCGCCAGCAAUUCCGACCUACCUCCAACCCCGAUACCUACGAAUAUUCUCAAUCCCGUUGAUACUCAAGCGGCUCAGAUCCGUCACAUGGUCGCUGCUGCUCAUGCUGAGAAGGACCACCUUCAGUCUCAGAUUAAAGAAGCUAGACGUGCUUCUCAGCGUGCCGAAGCAGCUCUCCGAUCCGAAAUCGAGACUGUCAAGAGAGCCAUCGACAAAGCGGGUGCCCUGGAUCUCAGAGCAAAGCAAAAGGCUUUGGCCCUGCAAGAACAGGUCAAACAAGGCUGGGCAGGUGCAGAGAACGCGGAGCAGCAAGCCGAGUCAUUGGAAAAGGGCAUGGAGGCUCUACGGAGUAGAUUCGAUGAUGUCGCUCUUCAUGUGGAUGAUGCCAAAGCAGAAUACAAUAUGGUCAAAGCUGCCGAAGACGAAGUGAGGGAAGCGGAUCGUAAGGUCAGGAUCGAAGAGGAGAAAAAAUUAGCCGAAGUGGUGGGCAAGAUUGACAAGCUCAAACUUCGAAAGGAGAAGAAAGAGGCAGAGAAGGCAGAACUUGAAGCGAGAUUGGACGAAUUGGAGAGGCAGAAAGAGCACGAAGAGCGACGGACGGUCGAGGAAAAGUACGCGAGGCGGUCCAGCGCGUAUUGGUGGGAUCCUCACGUUCAGAACCACGGGCAUGGCUCAGGGGCUCAUCACCACGAUCACCAUGCGAACAGUCGGGGAAGUGCUGGACGUGGAUUUCAACCCAGACAUCCUUCAUACCCUGUUCGACCGACGCACGCUCAGCCUAGUCCGACAGCCGCUUCCUUCCAGCCAAACACGUCUUCACCCGCUUUCGUCCCUGCCGCCCUGUCUGGCUCGCCCGCGCCCAGUAGUCGGACCCCCUCGGGAUCCGGAGUCAAUGUUAGUGCUGCACCUUUUCAACCUUCUUACGAGACGACUUUGAUGCCUCCUCAAUUACAACAUCGUAUCUAUCUACCAUCCGAACGACCUCGACCUUCACCAACGUUCAACCCUCCUCCAUCCGUCAUGGCUGAUUCAAGGUCCAGCCCGACCACAUCCAAUGUAACCUCGAGUCCUUCUUUCCCUCCUCUUCCAGGUCAUUCGCCAUCUCCUGAGCCGACCUCGUCAGGACCCACAUUGGCAAGUAUCAUCACUCGCGCAGUCAUGUCGCCUACAUCGGCCGCCUUCUCAGGCAAUGUGACGCCGACUCAGCCGCGUCCUUCUCCACCACCUUCCACGUCUGCCAAUGUGAACGUGAGGCCAGGAGCUGGGUUGCGAACCGUCUCAAACCCUUCGUCCCCUGUUCCUUAUGGCUCAAACUCGUCCAAUCAUUCCAGCGGAUUACCUUCUAGGCAGACCACAUUUGGACCUCCGCCUGACAGGUCUGACCUCUCACCGGUUUCUGGUUCUGGCAGCGGUCCUUGGGGUUCGAACCACACUUUGACGGGACUUCACCGGACAUCAACACCACCUAUUGGCGUGCUGAGGUCCAACCACGGUAGAGAUAGUCCAUUGUCACCUGGGGGAAGCAGUGGAAACGGAAGGCCGUGAGACGUUUGUAGCACAGAGUAGGCAGACUGCAUGCAUACUGUGCCCUCCAUACUUC